AUGAGGAUCGCCGGACUCGUCGCGCUGGCCUUUCUUCCGCGGCUCCCAUGUCCCGAAGUAACUGCAAGGCCGGCUCCGGUCGCCUGUGACGUUUCCACCUUGAGAUUCGUCCAUGUGGUAUCGAAACGAACCGUUUCUUUCCGAACUGUGGUUCUCAGAUUUGGCGACAUGGCGACAGGACGCCGUCGGAUUAUCUUCCUGGCGACGACCCUCUGAAGUGGCCCUUGGGUUAUGGAGAACUGACUAAAGUCGGAAUGGGUCAGUAAAAUAGAUUUUUGGAUUUUCCUGCAGUCUUUUUUCUGAAAAAGGGGUUAUCCAACCUUUCAAAAUUCUAUCUUCUAUGUAGAUACUUUUUGAAGGAAUAAAACGGAGUUGAUGACCAGCUUUCCAUUUUUGAAUUCGAUUUCAACGAAUAAAUUCAUCCUUAGACUAGUUUGAGUACAUUUUUCUUUGCAUUGCGAACCUGAAGGGUAGAAAUUUCAAAAACAAAAAAAACAAACAUAUAAUUUGAUAUACUUUCAUCAAUGAUUUUCAACCAGGAAAAUCUUCUAGAACCUUAAAACUUUUAUUUUCUCAGGUCAACACUAUCGCCUAGGACAAUGGCUCAGGCGCCGCUAUACCGGAUUCCUUUCCGACCAUUUUCUGAGAGACGAGGUUUCCUCCUUCCCAUCUGGUACUUUUUGAUAAUCCAAAGUCUUUCAGGUCUACAUUCGGAGUUCAGACUACAACAGAACCCUCAUGUCGGCCCAAUCCAAUCUAGCAGGUGAAAGUUUCACAAAAAUAAGAAAUAAGGAAAUUUAUUAAGGAUUCUUCCCACCAAAUAAAGACGAAGAGUGGAGCGAAUACUUGAAAUGGCAACCGGUUCCAGUCCACACGAUACCUAGAGAAACUGACAAGGUUCCCCCUUAAAAGCCGAAAUAAAUAUCCAGUCCUUCAGCAACUCUACGAAGAAAUUUACUGCCCGGCGGCAAAAGCCGAGCUGGAAAGUAUUUGGAAAUCGAACAAGGCGAAGGAAGUUGAACAAAAGUUCAAGGACGUUUUGAAAUUCUUCUCUGAAAAGUCAAAAAUACCAGACCUACAGCUGAGGAACGUCUGGAUUCUCUACGAUAAUUACUUCUGCCAGGUCCAAAAGUUGCCAGUAAAAAUUGAAGUUUCGAGUUUAGCUCUCAAAUAACGUGACCUGGCCGUCUUGGCUCAACGCCAGCAUGUUCAGCGACCUUUCCAAGCUGUACAAUGCGGCCUCCCGACUAGAAUACCAUACGGAAAAGCUGAGACGUCUGCGAGGAGGUUUGCUUUAUUUUUGGAUGGACUGGUUGAAAGGAUAGAAAUUAUAGGUAUAACUUUCUUGAUCGCAUUUUGAUUCAGCUGGGCUGGUUGAAAUUUAAAUAAACAAUUUUAAAUAAGGUGAAAUGAAUGAGAAAAAAAAAAAUCAAAAUGAGUGUACUUUUUAUACGAAAGACUGUGGACAAAGGAAUAUAAACCAAUCAAGAUUAUCAAAGUCAUAUAAAGUUGAAAAACUUUUUCAAUUAAUUUUUCGUUUCAGGAGUUCUACUGGAAGAAAUAAUUUCGCGAUUCUGGAGUAAAAAAACAAGGGCGGCUCCGAAACGAGAAAUAUUUCGCCUACUCGGCCGUAAGUUGGAAUUUGACUUGAAAAACAUAUUCGAAGAAAAAAAUUGAAAAAAAUAUGCAGUUUCAAAAUUUAAAAAUUUCUUAAUUUUUUUCAAAAAUCCAAUUUGAAAAAAACGGAAGGAACGUUUUUCAAAUAAUAAAAAAAUUCAAAAUUUCAGCACGACGCGACGAUCGCAGCGAUUCUUUCCACUCUAGGGUUCACUCCUCUAAUUUUUUUCCCCUUUAUGCGACGGCUCUGAUGGUUGAACUCCACCAAAUAAAUGGGGAAAACUUUGUAAAAGUGAGAACUCCUCUUUUUUUCAAAAAUACUAUGUCCAUUUUUAUUUUUAGAUCUUCCAUAAAAACGUGACCGACUCGGACGAAAUCUACGAAUACGAAAUUCCAGAAUGUAGGCCACCAUGCACCUUGCGAGCCCUAACUGAUAAUAUGACAAGGUACAUGAUUAGAAUAUUAAAAUAGAUGACAUUUCUUUAAAUUUCAGGUAUUUCCCUGUUGAUUGGAAUGCCGAGUGCGGUAUUGUCAAAAGCUCCAAUCCAAAGGAGGAAGUUUAUUUGGGUGAAUCUUUUUUUUUACAAAAUCAUUGUCAAGUUAAUUCAUGGAAAAACUCUACGCAUUUUGGCUCAUAAAUUAUUUUUUUCGAAAAUUCCGAUAAUUCUGAUCGAUUAUUCAAAAAUCUUCAAAUCUGAAGCGAAAUUUCCUGAAAGUUUAAAUCAGCAAAAUCUGAAAGUUUAAAAAUGGAUUAUUGCGUCAAAAAAACCAUUCAGAUUUGUUUUUGGUUUGAAAAAAAUUAUUUUUAUGACGGCUAAAAUGUUUUUUUAUAAUUUUGCUAUCAUUCGUUUAUAAGUAUAAUAAUUAGUUUUUUUAUUUAUUAUUUUACAGUAACCGUCGCGUUUCUCUUCUCAACAACUCUGCUUUUCGCGUUUCUCUGGGUCAAAGACAAGAAAAGGAAGCCGUGGAGAACUUACCGCGACGGGUCCGACAUCGAGAUGCUUCUCGACGAAAAAGACGAGUACAUUUAA